AUGAAAGAUGAAAAUGUUGAUGCGGCGCUUGAGGGUUUGGUUAAGGUACUCAAGAGGAAGAGGUCAGAGUCUGAGAAGGGUGAUGGGGAUGAAUCUAAUAAGAAGGCGAAGAUAAUCGAAGAGGGAGAGAUGAUAAUAUCGGACGAUGAUGAGACAUAUAUUGAGAAGACAAGUGUACAGUGUUAA